AUGUAUAUGCCAGCGGACGAGCGUGCGGCAGCGGAAGUGGUAGUCGUGCAGCUGUGCGGGCGAGCGGGCGCGGAUCGCGCGCUGGAGUUGGCCCGGAAACGCUGGCAUAGGCAGCACUUGCUCGUGCAGAGUAUAAGAGCGAGCAGGACGAUCGCACCGCCUGCCGUCUUGCAAGUCUCCUCUGGAAUGGUUCAGGACACGAACCCGCCGCCUGGAUUUCCAGGCAUGUACGCGCUCCAUCCGGGGCACCCCCACGCGCAUGUGCAUGGGCACGAGCUGUACGACAGGGAUAGGCUGCACUAUGAGCUGACGAUGCGCCAGGAACCCAAGCAGGCGCGGAUGUGCGGCGUCGGGGCGGACCGCCGGCCCAUCGACCCCCCUCCGAUCGUGCAGCUGCGCGUGCUCGAUCCUGCGAGUUCGGCUGCUUCUCAGGACGCGCGCGCGCGCUCGCCUGCCUCGUCGGAGAGCUCCGCGAGCGACUCAGGGUACGUGAGCCAUGCGGGGGGCGCCGAGUCCAAGUCGUCGAAUACGCACACCGCGUCGACGCCGCUGACGCACGCGGCGUCGUUCCUGCAGAAUCCGUACUACUUUAUGUUUGCGAGUCUCGCGAAGCCGGACGAGGAUACGGAGUUGCACUGGUUGAAGGAUGGGAAGACGCGGUGUACGACGGGGAGCGUUGUUAGUAGUUUGUAUUGCUUGAAAGAUGCCGAGCACAACAACGAGGACGCGGGCUUCUUCGUCUUUCCGGACCUGAGCGUGCGCACGGAGGGGAGUUAUCGGCUCAAGCUGAGUCUGUUCGAGGUUGUUGGUUCGAGCGUGCACCACUGCAAGUCGAUCUACUCGGCUCCGUUCUACGUGUACACAGCGAAGAAGUUCCCGGGCAUGGAAGGAUUGACUUGGUAGCAGAGUCCACGCCGCUGUCGUGUUCUCUCGCCGAUCAGGGUAUCAAAAUUCGUAUCCGCAAGGACAUCAGGGUCAGGAAACGGGGUCAGGGUACGCCUGGGAAUGUCGUUGGGAAUCUGCUCGAGCCGCUGCCGGGCGCGCCCCCGCCGAUGGCGUUGCCCUGGCCGACGGAUGUCGUGGCCCAGGCGAGUCCGAGGGAGAAGGAUAAUGAUGACGAAGCAGAGAGGGAUAAGGACGACCGAAGUCGCGAAAGGAAUGAUAGAGGCCGCAAGAGGAGACGCACGGCGGACGACGACGGCGGGAGGGAGCCCGCUCGCGAGGAGACCGCAAGCUGGGACGGCGCUCCCCAGGGGCAGUACGCGGAGAGCAAUAGCAACGCGGGGAGCGGGAGCGCAGGUGAUCCGGAGAGCCCGGCGCAUUGGGAGCAGCAGAGGAGCGCGGGCGGGUGGUAUUCGUACGACCAGUCUGCACCAGCGGCGCCUGCCCAGCCGCCCCCGCCAGCGGCGGCCCCAGCUCCUGGCAUUGUUCACAAUCAAGUUCAGAGUGCGGCUCCGCCGCCCCCGCCGCCGGCUGGACCUGCGCACCACCAGCCGCCUCCGGCGCACUCGAGCCAUUAUCCGUAUUCGGCGCCGCCGUCGCAGCCAGCUGCUUCUCAGCACCCGCCGCCGCAGGCCCAGCAUCCUACUCCCCCUCACCAUUAUGCCCCGCCCGCUGCUGCACCCGCCGCUGCGCCGCCUCUGCCGCCUUCGCAAGGGUACUAUACGGGUUCCACACCGCCUGGAGGGUGGGGUCACGCGCCGCCACCAGCUGCUCCUCCACAGCCGCCUCAGCAUCAGGGAUACGAUCAAUAUUCGCACCCUCCUCAGCAGCAGCAUCAUUAUUCGCCUCCUCCACCCCCGCCACAAAGGAUGUAUGGCGGUCAUGAGUACCCUGGCGGGUACGGGGCGCCUCCGCCUGCUGCGAGUACUGGAUACUCGCAGGGAGGGUAUUACGAGCACCCGCCUCCCCCGCCUGCACAUCAUCAUUAUGAGCAGCAACAUUACAGCCACGCGCCUCCGCCGCCGCCCCCGGCUGCGUCGCAGAGCGGACCUGCGUACCCGAUUCAUCAUCAGCAGCACCAUUACCCUCCACCACCUCCCUCGCAGCAACGCGCCCCGCCACCUGCGUCUGCCGCGUAUGCGGCUCCCCCGCCGAGUCACCACGCUCCGCCGCCGUCGCAGCAAUAUCAAGCGUACGCGCCUGCUCCGCCUGCGACUACUCAUCCCGGGUAUGGUGCGCCACCGCCUCCUGCAUCGGAUCCGUGGGCGGCGCCGCCGGGGACGUACGCGGGUCAUUCGCAGCACGCCAGCCAGUCCAGUUCAACCUGGGGAUACCCGCAAGGGCAAGGCGAGAUAACUUACGGGUCGGAGUCGGCUAGGUAUACCGGGAGCAAUGCAACCAGCGGCCCUGGCUACGCGGCGAGCGGCUACGGUCGGGAGGAUGGCGGGAGGAUACAGCUUGCGCCCUUGCGCGCUACCCAGGUGGCUGAGCCGCCGGAGAGAGCGCCUGGUGGCGAGCGCGGUGCUAGGAAGAACAUCCUGAGUAUCCCCAACAUCAUCUCGGACGAUCGCUGAUGGCUCAGGUCCCCGUCGAACGAAAAGGUCGCUAUCUUGACACUCUCCCUCUCUGUUUCUCCUCUCUUCUCUGCUAUUUGUAUCAAGUGUAUUAUUCUGCAACGUGCAAAUAUCCCUUUCCUCUUCCCGUCGCUGUUGUCACAAUGCUUUCGCGCUCUGUUGUGUUUUUAGUCCUUUUGUAGCUAGGUUAUCCCGUUCGCCCUUCAAACCCCCGGAAAAUACUUUUUAAUGGCUUUCAGCGUGCGCGUGUAACUGUAUCCUGUCCAGCUAGCUGCGACUGUCGUGUCUAGUCUAUACGAUAAGUAGUAGAGUUAUAUAUC